AUGCCACCUUUCUUUUAUAAAGCACCACUUGCAAUCCCUCGCAAGGUACCUAAGGGUCGCAUUAUUCCGUUAUGUUCGCCAGACAUAAGGAUCGGAAAGUGUCUCAUUACAUUAACGCCUAAAAGAAUCAAAGCGGAAUCCUUGGAUAAACUGCGUUUUUCGCUGAAGCGUAUUUUGAGCAAACAGAAGGAGAGAAAUGUGGAUGUACACGCUACCUACGCCGUAACAAAAAAUCCAGAAGGCGUCAAAAUGGGCCAAGGCAAAGGAAGGAUACACCAUUACGUUGCACGAGUCCCAGCAGGAUAUCCCGUUGUUCACCUUCCGCAGCUUAAGCCAUUGAAUGGAAGUAAACAUCCCUUGUUUUGGGGAUUUGCAAGAGCGGUUGGGAACCUACCGUUACGUUGCCGUUUCAGAUCUCAACAAAAUGAAUUUGAGAUUGAUAAACUGUUUGUAAAAACAAAACAAAGAUUGGGUGACGAUGUUCAUAAUCAGCGAAAACUGCUGAAGAGUAGAUUCCAACAUUGUUAA